CCAGUGGGGAGGUGGGCGGGCCUAAGAGCAGACGCCAUGGGAUCCCCGUGCAGUUAACCGAGCGAAACAGGGUGACUUUAACCCUCCUUGUUUCCAACAAUAGUUACUUCCAGGUGGGCCAAGUCAUGUGGUCAUGUCGGCUGACAGAUGGGGAAACUGAGUCCUACAGAUGGAAGGAAUCCGAAGUCCCAGAACGAGACAAGCACUGGUCCGGGUCUAGAACCUGGGUCUUUCAGGCCGGAGUUCCUGCAUCUAAAAGCUGAGGAGCCCCGCAAGGUGUAGGAACUUCCCCAUCGCAUCAAUCCCUUCCGAGCCAGGAAUCUCCCUGGAGUUUGCUGUGCUCCGGUGUGACCCGUCGUGAACUUCGCAGCGUCCCGAGACUGGGAUGCCAGCGGGAAAGAAGGUGGCAGCCAGUGGCAGCAGCGGCGGUGGCGCGUCCCCUGCUACCGCCCACUCCGGAGUCAAGCACAUAGAGACCAGCGGUGAAGGGGCCUCGGCCCAGAGAGACGAUGAACCCGAAGAGGAAGGGGAAGAGGACCUACGAGAUGGAGGUGUCCCUUUCUUCAUCAACCGGGGCGGCCUGCCUGUAAACGUGCCCACCUGGGAAAGGAUGUGGAAGCACGUGGCUAAGAUCCACCCCGAUGGAGAAAAGGUGGCGCAACGGAUUCGUGGGGCCACGGACCUGCCCAAGAUUCCUAUACCAAGCGUGCCUACUUUCCAGCCCACGACGCCCGUCCCGGAGCGCCUGGAAGCCGUGCAGCGCUACAUCAGGGAGCUGCAGUACAAUCAUACAGGGACACAGUUCUUUGAAAUUAAGAAGAGCAGACCUCUGACAGGGCUGAUGGACCUGGCCAAGGAAAUGACCAAAGAGGCUCUGCCAAUCAAAUGCCUGGAAGCUGUGAUCCUGGGAAUUUACCUCACCAACAGCAUGCCCACCCUGGAACGCUUCCCCAUCAGCUUCAAGACCUACUUCUCAGGGAACUAUUUCCACCACAUUGUGCUGGGGGUGAACUUCGGGGGCCGCUAUGGAGCCCUGGGCAUGAGCCGGCGGGAGGACCUGAUGUACAAGCCGCCGGCCUUCCGCACACUCAGUGAGCUCGUGCUGGACUACGAAGCCGCCUACGGCCGCUGUUGGCACGUGCUGAAAAAGGUGAAGCUGGGCCAGUUCGUGUCCCACGACCCCCACAGCGUGGAGCAGAUCGAGUGGAAGCACUCAGUGCUGGACGUGGAGCGGCUGGGCCGAGAGGACUUCCGCAAGGAGCUCGAGCGCCAUGCCCGCGACAUGCGGCUCAAGAUUGGCAAGGGGACAGGCCCUCCCUCUCCUACCAAGGACCGGAAGAAGGAUGUUUCCUCCCCGCAGCGGGCCCAGUCCAGCCCCCACCGCAGGAACAGCCGCAGUGAGAGACGACCCUCCGGAGAGAAGAAACCUUCAGAGCCCAAAGCCAUGCCAGACCUCAAUGGGUACCAGAUCCGGGUGUGAGGCAGAUGCCAGCACCCCAGGCCUCCUCUGUUUGUAGAGGCCCAAAUCUACCUGAGGGAAAGAAUCCCCUUUUCUCUGAGGCGGGGACUUGUGAUGCUCCGGGGAUGGUGGAUGCUGCAGGAUAUUUGCAGCUCAGCCCCAAGCCAUUCCCCCACCCAAGAAGCCAAGUCCCUCCCUAACUUUGGGCCAAGAGGGAGUUAAUAUUUUAUUUGGAGUUCAUUAGCUCUACAACUGAAGGAAUUUGAAGGAAAGACAAAUAGAGGUGCCGGUGGCUGGCAAGGCCAGCUGUCCCUGAGGAUUGUGGCGCUGGCCAGGGAGGGCUUACUGGUUCUUGGGGUCACCAGAGAUUUGGGAGCAUGGGAAAUGUCUCAGCCACCCCAGUCUGCGGGGUGGGUGUAGAGGUAUUUUCCCAGCUAGGCCUGUCCUGGCAGAAUCUUGACCCAGGGGAAAGGAAGCAGGGUAGCACACAGGUCAAAAGCUUGGUGAGGGACACAUCUGCCUCAGCACAGGAGGCUGUGGCUCAGGAGAGCCCUGAGGCCCUGUGUCUCCCCACGCAGUGCUAGGUGGGCCAGCAUGGGAAGAGUUCCCAGCCCCUAGCAAGUCUGCCGCCUCAGUCCAGCCUUACCUGUUGCAGCAGCGUAAGGGCUCUCAGCAGAGGCCUGGGCUUUGUAGAGGGCCCAGCAUAGCCAUGGAGUCUGAACACAUCCAGAGGCUGUGGCUGCGCACAGGGUGGUGGUGGGGGUACGACUCUCAAGCUUGAGUCUUUCCCCUGGGAGUUCAGGGUUAGGCUCUGCUGCUCUUGCAGAGGGCCUGGGCUUUGUAGAGGGUCCAGCGUAGCCAUGGGGAGGGAACAGACCUAGAGGCUGUGUCUGGGCGCAGGGUGGUGGAAUUCAGGGUUAGGCUCUGCUGCCCUCUUCUAAUAAUUUCAGCCCUGGCUGGGGAAAUCAAGACCAGGCCGCCAUGCCUGUGUCUCGGGCUCGCCUCCCCUGCUUCAGGAGCCCAUUUAGGCUUGGAGUGACAGUGGUGGGCCAGGCCACCACGUCUGGCAGUUCCUCAAGGCACUAGCAGAGGAAAACCCAAGCAGUGGGAAUCGUCCACCUCCUAGCCACCAGGCAUGAGAUCCCUGGCACGGAAGUGAGCUGUGGAAAGAGACUGGCAGGGCUGUGGAGACAGACCGAGCCCCAGAACUGCGGGUGUAAGUGAGAAGGGCUGUGGAAGGAGUUGACGAUGGGACUGUGUGGGGCAGUAAGUUCUCUCUGCAACAGAUAGUGUUUGUCAGGGAGCUAGAGAGGGCAUUGGGUGAUGGAGUGCAGCGAGAGGUGACCAUUAAGGGACUUUACUGAGGCUGCAGAGGUGCAGGGGCCUGCAUAAGGGAGCCACAGAACUAGGGUUGUGAAUUCAAAUGCCUGCAGGAGCCGGGCGUGGUGGCGCACGCCUUUAAUCCCAGCACUGGGGAGGCAGAGGUAGGUGGAUCGCCUUCAGUUCAAGGCCACCCUGAGACUCCAUGUGAAUUCCAGGUCAGGUCAGCCUGGACUAAAGUGAGACCCUGCCUUGAAAAAACAUUAAAAAAAAAAUAUUUUAAAAAAAAUCAGCAAAUGCCUGCGGGACCAGCAGGCGACACACGGAGGGCCACAGGGCUGGGGGACACUAAGAGAGCAUGCCAGCAUGUCCCAUGGAGGGAGCUACUGUCCCCACGGUGUAGGCCCUGUAUGGUGGUUACCUGAAUUUGUACGUGCAUCUGGUAUUUAAAGGUUAGCAGUUGGGCUGAGAACGUGGCUCGGUUGGUAGGGGUGCCUGCCUCACAUGUACUGAGCUCUGGGGCUGAUGCCCAGCACCCCAGAAACUGAGCGUGGUGGUACCUGUAAUCACAGCACUCUUCAGGCAGAGGCAGGAGAAUCAGAAGUUCAAGGUUAUUGGCUGUAUAGUAAAAGGGCUACAUGAGACCCUGCCCAGAAAAAGAAAAGGUUAGCAAUCAGAUCAAGGUAUUUUAAAGAUCCAGUACAGGUGACAGAGUGCCAGUGUGGCAGCUUCUGCUGGACAGGACUUGUCCUGGGGCAGAGACUCCUGCCAUGGGUGAAGUGGGAGUGUGAAAGUUCCAUUUCCAAGAGCUGGGCUGGGCUAGGGCAGAGGGGGGCUGCUUCUGGAGUUCACCUUCCUCGGCCCCCUGCAGGCAGACAAGACCACAGUCACCAGAUGGGGUGCAGAGAAAGAGAAAGGUGCCACCCUCGCCUGCUAGGGGCUGAGUGGUGGUUGGAAUCAAAGAAGGAGGAGGAGAGGGAGGAGCAGGGAUGCCUUCACUGAGACGCCCCGCGAGGAGGCUAGCAGCUCAUUACACCACUGCUCCCCGCCCCGGGGACCCAAUGCCAAGCCCAGCGAAGGCCCUCCACGGGCCCAUGGGAGGUCAGUGGAUCAGUCCUUUGCCUCCCCGCCUUCCUCCUCCAAAUUAGAGCCCUGGCCAGAGCAGUGACAGUGGUGUCUCCUGACACAAAUUCAUCUCAGUGCUCAGAGUAGGGAAGGCAGACCCCAUGCCCUCGUGCUUACCUGGGGAGAAACGGCUCACCUUGAGAGGCCCAGAGCUAAACAAGGUCCUUCCUGGGUCUGGUAUGGCUGCCUAUAGAGAGUGGCUCCAUAGGCGUCUGGGGACGGACAUGGGAGGUAAACUAUGAGGAACUAGGAGCUAGAGGCAGAAGACUGGUACCAGAGCCUUAUGAGGUUCUAACCCGUGGCUCUUUCCUGCGAGCCCUGGGGGCAAGGAAGCAGACGGAGCACCAGACCUGCUCUCAUGAGCAGCUGGUCCCUGGCUGUAAUCCCCUGUCACUCGCCCCUUCUGAGCCGAGGACCUCAGGCCUGUGGAGACCGCCACAGGACACAGCGGUGCUUUUUAAUUUAUUUGUAACUCUUUCUCACAUGUAGCAAGCCCUCCUCCCCGCCUGAGCUGUUUACACAGGCUCUGCUCCUUGGGGCUGGCCUGGCUGUGACGUUUCUGGGGAGGCAGGGGCAGGGACUAUGGGGCCUUAGUCACCAACCAUGGCAUCACUUCAUCUCUUACUUCCUGUGAGCGACAGGUACCCGGCAGACAGGAUCCAAAAUCCCCAACUCAGGCCUGCCUGCCACCUCCUCUGACCUUUCGUUGAGGUGCUGACUUGGGGGGGGGUGGCCUGAAGUGGGGGCUCCCUGUGCUGGGUCAGAACACUAGGAAGCUGGCUUCAGAGAGCCUUUCUCGCUGGCCAACUACCUGCCAGUCCUCUCCCUUCAUGGCUUCACAUUUCCAUGCUGCCCCCACCCCUUCAUGCCAGCCUCCCAUUCCCAGCGGGCAUGGCCGAGUGCGGAAAGCAGCCGUCCUCUGGCUCCGAUGCAGUGAUGAAGCCUGGGAACUGGACAUAAAGGAGCAAAGGACGAGGAAGUUGACCAUGGCUGACAUCCAGUCCUUUCUGUCAUCUCAUGUCCCGCCCCUUCCAGCUGGGGCUUCUCGGCUCAGGAAGUGGGACUAAUGAUGGCUGGCGAGGGGCCCUACGGCCUGUGUGCAUGUGUGCCUAGUUUUCUGCCUGGAAUGUCUUCGGGCAUGUGUAUUAUAGCCCCACCCUGGCACAGUGCCCCGGCCUUGGAGGAUAGGCAUGAAUAGGUGUGGCCCAACAGGCUGAUGGUGCGAAGGGCAGGGGUGCUUUCUGAAGGAGGGUGGGUAGGAUGUAGGAUUGGCCCUGCCAGGCACCACUGCCUUCCACCAGUUGCCCCAGACAGGCAGGGCCACCACAGUGUUAGCUGCACAUCCAUCACUAGGACCUUCUUGCCCCAUCUUGGUGCUCUGGGGUCUCAAGCUUCUCUUUUUCUGACGAGACAUGGGUACUCUUGGCCCUUGGGCCAGUCAUGAUGGACCACCCGCCCCUGCCCUACGCUUUGUUUGGAUGUUGUGUUGUCCUAGAUGUUCCUGUGUUCUUACCAGUAUUGCCCCUGCCUUUCACUUUGACACUUCAUCUCAUUCCUGUUCUCAUUUUUCCCCUAAAAUGAAUAAAGUCUCCCCAGACCCACUUGUGUGGCCUGGACAGAACUCA